GAAUGAGUACAGUCGUCACAUUGCGAAAAGAAAGGGUGCUUUUUCUAACCGAGGAAGACUUCCGCGUUUUUGCACGUAGAGAACGCGACAUACGCGUGCAACGUGUGCAAGUCCCGAGUAAGCUAUUCUCUCGUCGAAAAGAUAGCUUUCGAAAAGAGUGAGUGGCAUUCCUGCCUUUCAGGAGCUUUUAAGAUGACCAUGAUCCGUGACACCGGUCGGAGCUCAUCCACUUCCUCGUCCGCUCGUAGGUCUCUCGUUUCGAUAUUUUUCCCGUCCUGUUUUCAUCCCUUCCUCGAGCCACCGAACGAUACGCGCAUUAUUUCCAACUGGUUAAACAGAAAACGAGACGCUCGCGUAUCCUCCUAACUAGAUAAACGCGAUUACACGAAAGAGUGGUUGAACCAUUGGAAUCUGUCUUCGGUCCUGUUCGUAGAACAUUUUCAUUCCGUUUCGUCUUCGUGCAACUUUCAAGCUGUACAACUAGAAAUGAUACGCGUACACGAUUUUCGAAGAAAUCAUACACAGCGACGCAAUGCCGCGAUUGAACCGCGAAGAAACGCAGAAUUAUUUACGUAAGAGAAAUUGAUCGUUGGUUAUCGAAUCGAGUAGAUACACACGCGUAUUCUAUUCGGAAAGAAAAUACGGUCGGGUAUACAUAUGCGCAGCCUCAGCCACUAUCCCCCUAUAAUACACCUAUCGCUGUUGCGUCGAUUGUUUUCGGACGAGUAUACGGAUACCCUGCAGCAUCCCCUAUUUACUGUUCUUGCGAUCAGCCCGAAUAUUGUUUACGUACAUGGAACACUCAUACGUAUAAAUCAAAUAUUAUUUAUCGUUGCUUGUAGUACGAACUGUUAAUUGAAAAAUACGGUACGGAGUUAAAUAGAGUGGAACGCGACGAAAGACUCGGAAAACGGAUAAAAGAUAUUGCAUCGAGCAGCGUGAAAUAAAACAGGCGAUAAGAUAUGUGUGCGCAGCGUAUGUAAUUACCGCCUACUGUUUACGAUGUACGAUUAACUGGCCAGUUUGAUACGAACGAAGAGAAAAACGUAUCGUAGUUUAUGUUAACAUUGUGUCGCGCGUCGAUUCCGCGAAUGUUUGCCGGCAAAGAGCACUUACGUAUUAUCGAAAUGCACGGUUUCUCUCCCCGGCGUGUAGGACAAACAUCCCUUUCUGGUUUAGCAUCGUAUUCGAGUCCCUUUUCGGCUGUUUCGGUCCUCCGCCCCCUCCGUUCUCCCACCCGCGGCUUUUCCUCCAACACACACCUACACCGUCUCGGGAGGUGGGCUUGCAAGCUGCGCGUCCGUCGCCGCGCCGCGCUUGCUCGUCUUCUCAGUCAGUGUGACGUCCGCCGCUGGUCGAGGAUCACGCGUUUUUUCCCCGCGUCGACCUCCGACCCCGUCUUACGUUGAAUCCCGAAAAAUUGUUACGAUCACGUGGCUACGGGUCCGUCGCGGAUUUCGCGUCGUGCCAGUUCGCGCCUUCUCGCGUCACCUCGUUCCUCUCCGCCGCGUAGUCCGCGACUAGGCACGGCGGAGGUCGCGUCGUACGCACGUGUGUCCAGCGAGAUCGUCAGUCAUCCCUCCGUCUGGCGCCGAAACGAUUCAAGAUCGAAGUAACGCGCGUCGUUCGUUCGAUGUGCUUCCGAGUUUCGGGUAAGUUUCGAACGAUUCGUGCGCGGGGAGAAGCGGCGCGAAGAGUCGUGGAAAAGUUCGUACCGUGAAUCGAAUUCGUGUUCGCGGAUGGGGCACGCGGGAUCGAGCACGCGAGUAACAAUGAAUGAUGUCCGAGUGAUCCAGCGGUAAUCCGCGAAUCUAUACGGGAAUCGAUUUCUGUGCACGAGAGCUACCGUCGACGAGAUUGCGGACAGUGUCGUUGCUUGGACCUAUUCCAGGAAAACCAAAAAUCUGUGGCGAGCCAACGCGCGAUCGAACGUCUCCGCAGUGUUUCAUCUUUUUUUCGCUUCGAUCACCGAACCAGUGGACAAGGAUAGCGAACUCACCUGCUGACCCAAUUCGCUCCGCGAAACGGUCCCGAAUACUACGUUUCAUUUAACUCGGGACGUAUUAUGCGCACAUCCCUCACCUUGACGGUGUUUACCUUUCCGAAAGACAAUUUUAAAAGCAUUUCAUUGAUCACGUAUUCUUCGCGAAGUGUAAACAACGCGCUUAGAGGGCGUUUCGAUUUGGGACGCGGGUGUCGCGCGUACGCCUACUCUUUCGUACAGUUCGAAGUCAUUAAAUCGUCGAGUAAUCGCGGUGCAACCUGGACGUACCAUGGCCAGUGGUGACUCGGUUCGUGGAUACGACGUUCGUCGUGGUUUACCGGUGCAGUGACGCGCGCGAUUAAUUCGUGAGUGCGACACGAAUUUCUAACCCCGAGGAGCGAUUCUUGCGCGUGUGUCCGGCGCUUCGGUAACGAACGUGAGUGGAUGAAGGGCAGGAGAAAAAAAAUCGUAGGCGCGUUGGGGCGGAAUUUGCGAGCUGCGGUGAUCGAGGGUGGCUCAGUGGAAGAGAGCUAAAUGCGACGCGACGACGACUGGCGUUGAACUUUCCAUCGAGGAUCUCGUUCGCGUGUAAACAGCGAUGCUCGAUUCGGAACGAUCGACGACGAUGAUCGCGAAGGACACCGCGACUUGGGUGCGUGAUACCGAGGUAGAAAGAUCGGAAGAUGCCGCGAGUGAGUGAGCGAAGAUGACUUAACGAGAACGCGAUAAACGUUUGGUCCGCGACGGUAGCUGCAACGCGUAAACGGAAGAGUCGUUCUCGUGGCUUGGCUUGGCUCUCGCCUCGACGCGCGACGUGCCCGGGAUUCGUGACGAAUGUAACAAGAAACAACGAGAGAACAUGUGGAAUGUACUGUUGCUCAUUGGACUAACGAAGACUGUUUGCUACGUCGCCGGAAUCGCUACCACCGUCGACGAGAAAUCGGUGCCUUUGGUAAACAUCAGCGUCGUGGAAGGAAAGCCAGCGGAAUUGCCAUGCGACAUCACUCCACCCGGGGACGACACUCUGCACAUGGUUUUCUGGUUCAAGGACGAGGCCGGCGUGCCUCUAUAUACAAUCGACGCGCGAGAAAAACCUGUGACGAAAGCUCUCCAUUCAUCGGACUCAGGCGUGUUCGGGCCACGUGCGUACUUUCGUACUACGUUCCCGAGCCCGGCAGUGUUAGUGAUCGAGGAUAUCAAGAGGCACGACGCAGCCACGUACAGGUGCAGAGUCGAUUUUCGAAAAGGGCAGACGCGCAGUUUUCGGUACAAUCUCACCGUUAUCGUGCCACCGGAGCAGCCGACCAUUUUAGACCAGUGGGGCAGAAUAGUGAACGGGACGGCCGGACCCUACGAGGAGGGUGACACCCCUUCUUUGACCUGUCGCGUAACAGGCGGCAAGCCGGAGCCUAUGGUCCGGUGGCUCGUCAACGGUCAAGUCAAAGACGAGGAGUACGAGAAGAACGUGGGUGACGUGAUCGAAAACAGGUUGACGAUAAAGCCCAUCACUCGGUCAGACCUUGGUGCGAAUUUCACGUGCCAGGCGAGAAAUACGGACCUGAUCGAGUCGAAGGAGUCGUCCGUUUCCUUGGAACUUAAUCUGAAACCGUUGACGGUGACCAUAAGAAGGCCAGGGAAGAAGGGAGUCGGGAACGAGUCGCUACUGGCUGGGAAACGGUACGAAGUGGAAUGCGAGACCACGGGUUCGAGACCACCAGCGGUGAUCACUUGGUACAAGGGACGAAGAAGACAGCUGAAGCACACUACGGAGGAGAGGUCGGAGAAUCGGACGGUGAGCAUGGUGGAGUUCGAGCCGGGGGUGGAGGACCACGGGAAAUCGAUCACCUGCAGGGCCGAGAACCCGAACGUGACGGGACUCUUCGUGGAGAAAUCGUGGAAAAUCAACGUCGUAUAUCCACCGAUCGUAUCGCUGAACCUUGGAUCCACGCUGAGUCCCGAGGACAUCAAGGAGGGUGACGACGUCUACUUCGAGUGCCACAUCAGGGCCAAUCCUCCCUGGUCGAAGUUGACGUGGAUACACGACAACCAGAUAUUGGCGCACAACACAUCUGCAAGGAUAAUCUGGUCGAAUCAGAGCUUGGUGCUUCAAAGCGUGACGAGGAGUAGCGCCGGGAAGUACGUGUGCGCCGCAACGAAUGACCUGAACGAAACGCGGAGCGAACCUCUUCAUUUUCGCGUCAAGUUCGCACCAGUGUGCAAGGAGGAUCGGAUCGUGGUGGUCGGAGCGUCUAGGGGCGAGUCGCUGGACAUCGCGUGCAGAGUGGAAGCAGAUCCGCCAGCGCACAAUUUCCGAUGGAAAUUCAACAACAGCGGCGAGACGCUCGAGGUGGCGCCGGGCAGAUUCUCGAUGGAGAAGUCGAGCGGCGUGAGCGUGCUCAGGUACACGCCGAACACCGAGCUGGAUUACGGUACUCUGUCGUGCUGGGCAGACAAUUUCGUCGGUACACAAGCGAGGCCGUGUCUCUUCCAGCUGGUGGCCGCCGGGAAACCAUUUCCGGUCCGUAACUGCACGCUCGCGAACCAGACCUAUACCAGCGUCGAGGUGAAAUGCGUACCCGGGUACGACGGCGGUCUCCCACAAAAAUUCAUCCUGGAAGUGUACCACGGCGACGUGGAUUUCCUGCCGAGCAGCCAGCCUCUCUACAACGUCUCGAACGGCGACGAGCCGAGCUUCUCCCUCGCCGGAUUGGAGGCGUCCGUCGAGGCGGGUGUGCACGUCGCGGUCUACGCCGUCAACGCUAAGGGACGAAGUCAACCAGUCAUUCUCAGCGAGGUCACUUAUCGAGACGCCGAGAAACGCACCGGACAAGACGCCGGGAUCGUGUUAUCACCGCUGAUAGCGGUAGUGGUGGGCGCGCUGGUCACCUUGGUGCUCAUCGUGAUGGUUGUGGUAGUGCGUGUACGCAGGGAGCGCGUCUCGAAGCCCAGGCACGAGAAGCCGGCAGAGCUCAGCGAACUUCCGACGCAGCAGUAUCCCGUGCAAAAUCCACAACAAACCGUGGAGACCGACCCGGAUGUCAUCCCUAACAAAUUCGAGGGAAACCUGGUGGAAGUCAGCCCGCCGAGCUAUCCCGGUGGAUAUCCCCCGGGACACUGGGUCACGCCCGGACCUACGCCAAGCAUAGACGAGCUCUGCCACAAAUUCGCCGGAAGACCGACGGAGCUGAGGUUACCGUCGAGGAGCAGCGCGAUACCGAGUUUACAAAGCAUGCCCGUGACCGUGGGCGGCGGACAGGGUGUCGUGGUCAGCGGCAACCAACCCGGUGGAGUGGUGCUCGGGGGUAGCGGCCAGGGUGUCGUUGUCGCCGGCGAGUGUCUCGACGGAGAGGCGAUCAAGAGACGGUUAAUGGCGAACAGGCUUCCCGAGAGCUGCGUUUAGACCAGGGAUAAUAGAGCUCGUUUCUUUCCCGAAAGCUUCGGGCGUCGUUCGUCGCGAUGACUCGACGCUGCCGACGAUCACGCUGUCCGUCGCACGACCGGCGACGAGACCGUCCCGGCGGCUCCGCGUAAAAGUGUUUCGACGAUCUCGAUUUUAUGAUCGUUUUUGUACAGUAGGAUUACGGUACGAUGACGCGACGCAAAGCUCUUUUACGCGGAGCUGCACCGGUUCUUCCGAAGGCCGAGCGCGUAUAUAAAUCGAGUUGAAAGACAAUCGACUGCGUCGUUGCGAGCAACGAGAGAUGACGAUAAUCCGACGGGAAGUAGACGACGAGUAUCGGAAGGAACCGCGCAAUUCGAUUCGGGACGAAACUUUUCAACGUUUGCUACAUAUCCUGUCAAAAUUGUUUCGUAAACGUUUCCUUGAUACUCGGAAGAGAUUCUUUUUUUCUCGCACUCGGUGUAGAGAAGGAAAUGUAGAAGAAAGAAGAAGAAUCGGAUCGAGGAAAGAGUUAGGUGAAAACUUAUCGGUCUCGAGUUUUCCACCUGGGAAAAGAUCCUCCAAAGUUGUGUCUCCUUCUGUCUUCGCGCCGUCGACCUAACUUUCCCAGUUCCUCCAUACCAGCGUUCCGGUUUCUCGAGUCCAAUGAUCUUCGACGCUCUCUUUUCGCAUAUAUUUCUUCCACGCUACGUGAUUCGCGUCCUCGCGUCCGUGACAAUUUUCCCGGGAAAAAUUACGAACAAAUGGCUGCAGUUUCGCCUAACGUAUCGACGAAACGCGACUAUCGCUACGACUUUGGAAUUCUUUCUCGACUACCAACACCGAUUGAGUAAAAGCCCUUCGAUCACAUGGUUCUCUUAACGUUUCUUUUUCUCCUGAAUCUCCGUACUUUUACGAUUAGCCAAUUUUUCGUAUCGGAGUCGAAACGAGCGAGACGAGAUCCUCGACGUCUGGGGUUAUCAGCUGGCUCGAUCCAUCGAAUCGCAGGAAUCAAAACGGGCGUAAAUAAACCCCCGAGCCCUGAGCCUACCAAUCGAAUCCGCAGGCAUUAGGCCGAGGAACGCGAGAAAAGAUAAAAGGUUCUCUCGGGCGCGCAACCCCUGUUCCGGUUGCCCGGAAUGAAGAUGGAUGGAGGAACCCCGCGCGAGAAUGUACGAUGGAAACGAAAAAGGUUCGCUCGCACAAGAAACGAGGAACAGGGGAGAACGGGGAGAUAACGCGAUGUUACUUUUGCUGAGUCGUAGUUGCGGCCGAGCCGGCCUGAUCGAUCAACUUCGACAACCGGGAUAUAUUAUUCCACGCUUCAGCCACGUCAUCUCGUUUGUUUAACCAUCAUGGUAACGACUCGAUCUCUUUUCUCUCGACUCGUCGAGCAAGGUAAGUGUCCGUUCAGUCGUUUCAAUUAGUUAAUGGAAAUAUCGUAAAUCCAGUUGGAAUCGACAAUAAAUUGAUGGAGAUUGAGAAUGGAAAUAGUAUCGCGUUUCACGCGACAAUUAACAAUUUACUGUGUAUAGUAUGUCGAAUCAAGUCAAAAUUCAUGAGAACGGUCAAAGAUAAGCUGGUUUCGCAUGCGUGGAAGAAAUUAAUGCUUGAAUUUAUUUAGAAAACCAACCGCCGCUUUGUUUAACCGUACACGAUAACUGUGAUACAAUGUUUCUAAAUCCUUUUCCUCUUAUCGUCGCCGAUAACGUUCAUUUUCGUAUUCAGCAGAAUUUCCGACGUAACUCUUGUAAAUAUACAUAUGUAUGUAUGCACGUGCGUACGGUGCGGUACGUGCGGACGUUUCGCAAGCGCAACAAUCAAAGCGGGACAAGUUCUGGCGCGUUCUCGUUUCGCGCGAAGGAGCGAAUCUGAUUCGAUUAGUUCAUCUCGCGACGAACCAGGUGGAGGAUAAACUCGCGGAGGAAGAGAGACGGGGUAGGUGUGAAAAAUUGAAUUUACAAAGGUCAGAGAAAUCGGGCUUCCACGCGACGCUUCGCGACGAGGUCACGAAGCUUGACGGGCGAAACUAGGAGUAAAGAAGUGGCAAUGUAUAUUCCUAAAAAGAAUGAAGCGACGCGAAACUUCGUCCAGAACUCUCGAAGGAAGAAUGAACGUUCGCUUAUCGGUAUGCACGCGAACAUCGGGAAUCAAGCGUCGAGCGCCUCUUUCGAUGUAUUCAAAACGAGAAAAAAAAAUAAUUAAUGAAACAACAAAAAAAAAAGAAACUAAAAGUCGUUGCUCGUUAGUUAAUGUCGUAUCAUUGUACAUAAGUAUUGUAUCGUUAAAAAGAGAUCGAUUACGAACGUCGUCGGUAAUUUCGAUUUUUUGCCGUUGCGAAUAUUGCCGAAACGUUGGGAGAGAGUGAGAGAGAGAGAGAGAGAGAGAGAGAGAGAGAGAGAGAGUGCGUGUGUGAGAGUGUGUGUGCGUGAGAACUUGAUCGUGCUGCAGAAAAAUCGAGGCAGUUCGAAACGUCCCGUUCGCGGGACCGAUCGAUGCCCCGCGUCAAGUGAGACAGGUUGACAGGUCGUUAUUUCCCGAAACGCAUCGACGAAACAACGAUCUUUGUUAAUUAAAGUACGCGCGCUGUCCUCGCCGCAACAUAGAGAAAAUUAGUCGCGCUUUCGGAAAUCGGAUCCGUAACGCCUUUUUCUAUCGAACCCUCGAAUAACAAACUGGAAAUAAAAAAAGAAAAUAGAAAAAAAAAUCGUCACGACCAAUCGUCGCAUCGCGAACACAAAAAACGAUUGCGACACGAUUACCGCGUGGAAACGACCGACCUGUUCGACGCGAUCACACUUUUUUCACGUCCAUGAAUAUUAGCCUAAUGCUGACGGGUGUCGAGAAGCCGGCCAGCGAGAAUCGAUAUUUAGCGAGGUAACACGCACAAGCCGAGAAUCCGCAUCGAUGCCACUGUACGCUCAAAGUUUCUGAUCUCGCAUCAUUUUUUGUCGCCGUUUCAUAAGUUUCGUUUUUUACGCAUUUUCUAUUUCGACGAAACGUCGAAGGCGAGAUUCUCGGCGAGCGGUACGAGAUUCAAUGGUGAACGAAAACGAGAACGAAAUCCGGAGAGUAACGAACAAAAACAGUGUACAUAAACAGCAUGACGCGCGAUCCGUGUAAAUCGAUUAUAUUUUAAGUUCACUGUAUAGGUGAUUUCAUAUCAGAACUCCAUAUCGUCUACUAACUCGUAUGUAUAUAUAGGUACUACAUAAAAGUUUCGAUCUGAAUAAACUGUUUAACUGUCUGAAUCGAA